CUAGUAACGGAUGUAGAAAUGUUUAAUUUGUCGAUUGUUUAAAAGCAAUUUACGAUGUUAAUUAUAAUUUAUUCUUCUUGUUUAAAUAACGUUUUCUGUGCAUUGAUCUUAAAUGGAUGUUAAAUUUGUUUAUUCCAGAAUGAAAUGUACACGGGACAGCUCUCUUCAGACGGCCUCCAACUACAACAAAAGAAGGAAACAAGAGACAAAGUGCAGUGACAUGGAAAGUGGCAAGGAAAGGGAGACUGCAAUAAGAACAGAAUUUUAUUCUACCAUGCAAACUGACGUAAACUCUAUGUCGGUUCGGGUGGUUCAAGAAACUUUAAGCUCAGACAGAACACCAGAGGACUUGAACUCUGAUUGUGUCAAAAUUGAGACGGAUGAAUGGCAUAAUGUGGCUGAUGUUUUUUAUUCUGCAUGUGCCAAAUCAGAACAGGUCCUACGGGAAGAGAUACAUCAAAAUCACAACGAGCAAGAUGGCCUCAAUUUUGUAUAUGAACAAUCUGAACAGAUAGGAUGUCUAGUGAUGGAUCAAGAUCUCACCAAACAAGAUGGCUUCAACUUGGCCAAUGUGGAAUUAGAACAAAGAGAAUGUGAAGUUAUGCAUCAAGAUCUCACCAAACAAGAUGGCAUUAAAUUGGCCAGUGUGAAAUUAGAACAAACAGAAUGUGAAGUUAUGCAUCAAUAUCUCACCAAACAAGAUUGCUUCAAUUUGGCCAGUGUAAGAUUAGAUCAAACAGAAUGUGAAGUUGAGCAUCAAGAUCUCACCAAACAAGAUGAUUACAACUUAGCCAGUUUGCGAUUAGAGCAAACAGACUGUGACGUUAGGCAUCAAGAUCUCACCAAACAAGAUGGCCUUAAAUUGGCCAGUGUGAAAGUAGAACAUACAGAAUGUGAAGUUAUGCAUCAAUAUCUCACAAAACAAGAUCGUUUCAACUUGGCUAGUGUAAUAUUAGAACAAACAGAAUGCAAAGUUAUGCAUCAAUAUCUCACCAAACAAGAUGGCUUCAACUUGGCCAGUGUGAAAUUAGAACAAAGAGAAUGUGAAAUUAUACAUCAAGAUCUCACCAAACAGGAUGGCUUCAACCUGAACAAUGUGAAAUUAGAACAAAGAGAAUGUGAAGGUAUGCAUCAAGAUCUCACCAAACAAGAUGGCUUAACAUUGGCCAGUUUGAAAUUAGAACGAACAGAAUUUGAAGUUAUGCAUCAAAAUCUCGACAAACAAGAUCGCUUCAACUUGGCCAGUGUAAGAUUAGAACAAACAGAAUGUAAAGUUAUGCAUCAAGAUCUCACCAAACAAGAUUGCUUACAAUUGGCCAGUGUGGAAAUAGAACAAACAGAAUGUGAAGUUACGCAUCAAGAUCUCAUCAAACAAGAUGGCUUCAACAUGGCCAAUGUUAAAUUAGAACAAAAGCUCACUAGUGCAAUACAAAAGACAAACUUAGAAAAAACUGAGGAAAGGAACUGCAAGUGUGAAGUGUGUGAUUAUGAAUGUAAAGAUCGUUCUGGUUUGGACAUACACAUGAGGAUACAUAAGGGUAUAAGACUGUACAGGUGUGAGGUAUGUGGUUAUGAAUGUAACUAUUUUGGUCACUUAAAGAGUCACAUGAUGAUACAUACAGGAGAAAGACCGUUCAAGUGUGAGGUGUGUGGUUAUGGAUUUAUCUGGAAAGGUGGCUUGAAGAGACACAUGAGGAAUCAUAUAGGAGAAAGACUGUUUAAGUGUGAGUUAUGUGGUUAUGAAUGUAACCGCCCUGGUACUUUGAAGACACACAUGAAGAUACAUACAGGAGAAAGAGUGUACAAGUGUGAGGUAUGUGGUUAUGAAUGUAACCGUCCUGGUACUAUGAAGACACACAUGCUGAUACAUACAGGAGAAAGACUGUACAAGUGUGAAGUGUGUGGUUAUGAAUGUAACAAGCCUGGUAACUUGAAGACACACAUGAGGAUACAUACAGGAGAGAAACAAUACAAGUGUGAGGUAUGUGGUUAUGCAUAUAAACUGAGAGGUAAUUUAAAGAGACAUAUGAAGAUGCAUACUGUAAGGAGAGAACCGUUCAAUUGUGUGAUGUGUGGCUAUUCAUGUAAACAAAGUAGUCACUUGAAAACACACAUGAAGAUACAUGUAGGAGAGAGAGAGAGUACAAGUGUGAGGUGUGUGGUUAUGGAUCAAGAUCUCACCAAACAAGAUGGCUUCAACUUGGCAAAUGUUAAAUUAGAACAAACAGAAUUUGAAGUUAUGCAUCAAAAUUUCACCAAACAAGAUCGCUUCAACAUGGCCAGUGUAAGAUUAGAACAAACAGAAUGUAAAGUUAUGCAUCAAGAUCUCACCAAACAAGAUUGCUUACAAUUGGCCAAUGUGGAAAUAGAACAAACAGAAUGUGAAGUUAUGCAUCAAAAUCUCAUCAAACAAGAUGGCUUCAACAUGGCAAAUGUUAAAUUAGAACAAAAGGUCACUAUUGCAAUACAAAAGACCAACUUGCCAAAACCUGAGGAAAGGAACUGCAAAUGUGAAGUGUGUGAUUAUGAAUGUAAAGAUCUUUCUGGCUUGGACAUACACAUGAGGAUACAUACGGGUAUAAGACUGUACAGAUGUGAGGUAUGUGGUUAUGAAUGUAACUAUUUUGGUACCUUUAAGAGACACAUGAUGAUACAUACAGGAGAAAGACCGUUCAAGUGUGAGGUGUGUGGUUAUGGAUGUAUCCAUAAAGGUGGCUUGAAGAGACACAUGAGGAUACAUAAAGUGGAAGGACCGUUCAAGUGUGAGGUGUGUGGUUUUGGAUGUACCGUGAAAGGUAUCUUGACCAGACACAUGAUGAUACAUAUAGGAAAAAGACUGUUAAAGUGUGAGGUAUGUGGUUAUGAAUGUAAACGUCUUGGUACUAUGAACACACACAUGAAGAUACAUACAGAAGAAAGACUGUACAAGUGUGAUGUUUGUGGUUUUGCGAGUAAGCGGAGAAGUUAUUUAAAGAAACACAUGAAGAUACAUACUAUCGAGAGAGAAACCGUUCAAUUGUGUGAUGUAAGUGGAUUGAAGGUUCCGAAAAGAACACCAAAUAUUUUGCGAAAAACCGGGAAAAAAACGAGCAGAAGCUGAAACUAUACAACGACUAAAACAAUUAAUAAUAAUACCGUUAUACGUGAUCAAGAAGACAUGCUAAAUCAAACUGCACACUUUUAUAUAAUCUUUAUAAAAAAGACACCAAUAUAGAUGUAAACAAUUCUGAACGUUUCUAUACUAACAAUUGCAAUAAAAUAAGUCCAGAACAAACCAGGCCUGGAACAAACGCAAAAUGAACAAAAGUAUUUAUCAUAGCAUGGAUGCGCAAAAGCAUUGCUAGACAUGAAAAACAAUUAAAGUCCAGGAUCAGAUGCACGGUGUAGAUGCAUAUCGAUGACCUCUCUGUCAAAAUGCUGCCUCUGAGUCAGCAACACAGACCUCACUUGAUGUAGUACUUUCUGUAGCUUUGCUCACUUGCACUGCCUUAGAACAUUUUUUUAAGAUGAGUUUUUAGUCUUUCAACUUCGGCACUGACUUUACAUGAACAUGCUACACACUUUUGUUUUAGCCUUAUUUCCUUCUGUGAUUUUAUAUAAAAAAAUCCCCAAAUAGGAUCUCAAGGUUUCAUGUUUGUGCAGAUUACAAAAGAAUUGCAAUAACAGUCAUUAAACUUUAAAGUCAGAAUUGAUAAUGAGGGAUCAUUGAAGAAAUACUUUUUUAUAUUGAAACACAAUUAACAGGAAUCUGUCUGUUACUGUAGCAAUCAAAGCAUGUUUUCACAGUUUAUGAGAGGGCCCUAAUUUGCACUAGUCUGUGUAUCUUUUAUGGCCCCUAAUAAACAGUUAGAGGGCCUUUGUCUGGCCCUAAUAGGGCCCUUAUGUGGCCCAAUUUCCCCCAAAUAGGUCCAAUGUUUAUCUAAGUGGCCCAGUGUUAUUGUUAGUUGUACAAACCGUGUGAGUGUCAAAAAUGAUGACACAAAACUGUGUCAAUAAUUUAAAACACUAAAUUGGGGCAUGAGUCUUAAUGCAACAUUAGAUCAACUAAAUUAUUUGAAUUAUUUGAAUGAUAACAAACAGAUAUAUUAGAUGUAUAAUUCAUCAUGUCUCUACCCAUUUCCCUUUUCCUUCAUAAAUACCAUUCUGUUACAUAUCAUAUCAUAUUUUUAGAAAAAUAAUGUUAUUAUCAUUAUGCAAGUUGUGCUGUUGUAUAAUUGUGUAAUAUCUUCGAUACCCAAGUAAUGCCCAUCCAAACAGACAAAGAAAAAGAAUUUCCAUUUUCAUGAAAAUGAGAAGGAAUUAUGAAUAUGUUUUCACAUGAAUUAGAAGUUGAAAAUGUAACUAAUAGUUAAAAAUUGGUUAUAGAUAUGUUCUUUAAAUAUGUACAAACUCAUUAUUAUCCUAUAAGUUGUACACUUCAAUAUCUUUAUUACCCAGUAUUGCCCACUAUUUCCCAGUAAAACCCGGGUUUUCCCAGUAUUACCCGCCCGUACCGGUCAAUACUAUAAAACCCGGGUUUUAUGCCAACCCUGAUCUUCACCAAAUUUGGUCAGAUGUUGUAUCUAGAUGAUGUCUAGAUCAAGUUCGAAUAUGUGUCAUUCCGGGUCAAAAAUGAGGUCACGGGGUCACUAAGUACGUUUUAAACAUUGAGUAUAAAGUGUCCGCUCUCUAAUUCAAGUUGUUUCCAUCUGAUCUUCACCAAACUUGGUCAGAUGUUGUAUCUAGACGAUGUCUAGGUUAUGUUUGAAUAUGGGCCAUGCCGGCUUGCCGGGUCAAAAAUGAGGUCACGGGGACACUUAGUGCGUUUUAAACAUUGAGCAUGGUGUCCGCUCUCUAGUUCAAGUAGUUUUCAUCAGAGCUUCACCAAACUUGGUCAGAAGUUGUAUCUAGAUGAUAUGUAGGUCAAGUUCGAACAUGGGAAAACUAGGUCACGCGGUCACUUAGUGCGUUUUUAACAUUAAGCAUGGUGUCCGUUGUUUUUUGUGAAGACAACAUGCAAAAUAUUCUGUGUCAAUGCGGAAUUUGUGGGUAUUCGUCACGUCUGUGACAAACUCUAGUUGAAUUAUUGGAUGAAACUAACGAAACCAGUCUCAUAUUUUUAUACGCCCGUAUAAAAUACGGGACGUAUUAUGUGAAACCCCUUGGCGGGCGGGCGGGCGGCGGGCGGAAGGCAUCACUUUGUCCGGACUCUAAUUCAAAUUGUAUUCAUCCGAUCUUCACCAAACUUGGUCAGCAGUUGCAUCUAGUUGAUAUCUAGGCGAAGUUCGAAUAUGGGUCAUGCCGGGUCAAAAACUAGGUCAUAGGGUCAAUAAGUGCAUUUUCAAAGGGGCCACUUUGUCCGGACUCUAUUUCAAAUUGUAUUCAUCCGAUCUUCACCAAACUUGGUCAGCAGUUGCAUCUAGUUGAUAUAUAGGCCAAGUUCGAAUAUGGGUCAUGCCGGGUCAAAAACUAGGUCAUAGGGUCAAUUAGUGCAUUUUCAACGGCGCCACUUUGUCCGGACUCUAAUUCAAAUUGUAUUCAUCCGAUCUUCACCAAACUUGGUCAGUAGUUGCAUCUAGUUGAUAUCUAGGUCAAGUCCGAAUAUGGGUCAUGCUGGGUCAAAAACUAGGUCAAAGGGUCAAUUAGUGCAUUUUACUUUGUCCGGACUCUAAUUCAAAUUGUAUAAAUCUUAUCUUCACCAAACUUGGUCAGUAGUUGCAUCUAGUUGAUAUCUAGGCCAAGUUCGAAUAUGGGUCAUGCCAGGUAAAAAACUAGGUCAUAGGGUCAAUUAGUCCAUUUUCAACAGCGCCACUUUGUCCGGACUCUUAUUCAAAUUGUAUUCAUCCGAUCUUUACCAAACUUGGUCAGUAGUUGCAUCUAGUUGAUAUCUAGGUCAAGUUCGAAUAUGGGUCAUGUCGGGUCAAGAACUAGGUCAUAGGGUCAAUUAGUGCAUUUUCAACGGCGCCACUUUGUCCGGACUCUAAUUCAAAUUGUAUUCAUCCGAAACUUUUAAACAACUUUUUAUCCUGCGUCAAAGUGGUAUGGGGGUAUAAGUCACAUUCAGUGACAAAGCUCUAGUUCAAGUUGAUAUCAAUGCAUAUAUAUGAAUAUAUCAGUUAUAUAAGUUGUUGUUGUUUUUUUUGCUUAUUUCCAAAACAAAUACAUCAAUCAUCAGUGUAUCAUCUCCAAUGGCACACGAAUCGGGCGUAUAUUGCUCCGUCAUGCGGCGCUCUUGUUUGUGAUUUUAAUAAAGCCUUCGACAGCCUUGACCAUGAAAUUAUGUUUAAAUGCCUCCGCCAUUUUGGUUCGAAUGAAUUUAUCUUUAAAUGCAAAACAGGAAAAAUGACACCACAAAUAGAUGCUUUUGUGUCAUAUUUAAAUAAAAUAAUUAAACUCGAAAAACUAAUCGCGACUCCACAAAAUAAAUUGCAUAUUUUUUAUUCUCGCUGGACGCCUUUUAUGCACAAUUAGUACGCCUACCCCAUAAAAGACACUUUAUAUAUACCUUGUAACAUAGGUACACCUACCUUAAAGCAUCUAACACUUUUCCCCAUUUUUUUCAUGUUUUUUAACCAUAUCUUUAUGUACUUUUGUAAUGAUACAUCAUAUUAGUUAACCUGUAAAUCAUGUUUGAAAUUGACACUGUUUUAAACAUAUUUUAUUCUCAUCAACCAUAGACUUCAUAUCGAAAACAUAUAGGUUACUAGGUCAAAUUAAAGAAAAAACUUUU